GUGCUGACCUAUCUUUGCGACAAUUUCGGACCGUUUCCGACACAAACACAGGGACGUCAGAAAACAUGAGGUCAAAAGUUAUUACCCUCAUCUUUAUGUGAUUUAACAUAACAAAAAGAAAUGGCCAGCUCCAUGGUGGCAGUGGGACUGGCUCUGGCUGCAGCUGGAUUUGCAGGUCGCUAUGCCAUGCAGGCUAUGAAGCAGAUGGAACCUCAGAUGAAACAAGCCCUUCAGAGCUUCCCCAAGAAUGCCUUUGGAGGAGGUUACUAUAGAGGUGGGUUUGAACCAAAGAUGACUAAGAGAGAAGCUGCCUUAGUUUUAGGUGUCAGUCCCACUGCCAGCAAGAUUAAGAUCAGAGAAGCCCACAGAAAACUGAUGAUACUAAACCAUCCAGAUAGAGGUGGAUCUCCCUACCUAGCAGCAAAGAUUAACGAGGCUAAAGAUCUGAUUGAAGGCCAGGCCAAGUGACAAUGCUGAACCAAACCAUCUCUUGUUCACUCAUCUUGUUCUCUAAUAAAUCCCAUUGUACAAAUUAUUACAGCUCUGCCCGGUU